AUGUACAGGUUACUCUUUCUGCUGGUUGCUUGCAGUGUAGUUAUCUUGGUGUCGUCAAGGGAAAAGGCCAGGCUUAUGCCUAUUCCUAAGCAGUGCAACCUUGAUCCUAUCACGGAUCUUGAUUUGAGUAAGUUCAAUGGAAUUUGGUGGGAGUUGGUGGUCACCCUGCUGUCUACGCACGACGAGUCUAGAUAUCUGCAGGACGGUCGUUUAAAUGUGACCUACCUGGAUGAGAACAGCGGCGGCCCAGGCUUAAGAAUGCGCAGGUUUAGAAGCUGGUCAAAUGAGAACACGUGCGACGAGUUUGACUUCAAUUAUUUUCAAACAGAACAACCGGGAGUGCUUGUAGCCACAAAAGACGAUGGGACCAUUAUGUAUUACAAAACCAUUGUAGAAACAAAUGGUCACUCCGUUUUGUGCCGCCAAUACUACCCAGAACUUGGCGAGAGCACAUACCACCUCUGGAGCCAGCACUUGUGCUUCAGUCCCAGCGACGUUGCUACAUUGUUGAACCGUAUUUCUUCGGACCCAUGUAUGAGAGAACAGAAGUAUGUGGCAAUGGAACAUACUGGAGUUUGCGGGAUGCCUCCCAAUGCCAGUUGGUCUGAGAUUCUCGAAUAAGUGAAAUUCCCCUUAUCACAUAAACACAAAAUUAUUUCAGACUCUAUUUCACCGUUAACUGAGAUAAAUAAAUGUCUGAAUCU